AUGCUAUUACCUUUACCAGGAGAUGUAUCAAUUGCAAAAGAUGUCAGAAGACAACGGAAUUCAUUUUUGAAUGCACAACAUAAUUAUAAUAGUGCUAUGAACAAUAUGACUACCUCACAUGAUCAGUCAAAAUUAAAUGGAUAUAUAUCACCAUCAAGGAUUCCACUUUGGACAUCUGCAAAUCAAGCACGAUCACCAUUUAAUAAACAAGCCAAUGUUAGACAAAAUGGCAAUUUUUCAACCUCAAGAAUUACAUCUCCUUCUAAGAUCCCAUCUCCUCCUAAGAUUGCAUCUCCAAUAAAGUAUCUACCAUACUCACCAUCAAAAAGUAACCGUUUUUCAAUGUCCAAGAGAUCACCAUUAAGAGAAAUGCAAAAUAUACAAAGAAAAUCUUAUAGAAGUGGUUCUAGCAUACCAACUAAAGAAAAGUUAUUAUUGCCAAGUAUUAGUAGUAGUAAUAGUGGCAAUAAUGACCAUGCUAUCUCUAAUAUUAACUCGAAAAAUAAAUUACAAUUUUCUGAUUUUGAAAUAGGUCGAGGGUUAGGUAAAGGUAAAUUUGGUAAAGUAUAUUGUGUUAAACAUAAACAGUCUGGGUUUAUCAGUGCAUUAAAAGUCAUGAAAAAAAAAGAGAUUGUAAGCUACAACGCAGAGAAACAAUUUAAAAGAGAAGUUGAAGUUCAAAAUUCAUUGAACCACCCUAAUAUUGUUAAGAUCUUUGGGUUUUUCCAAGACGAGAUAUUCGUAUAUUUAAUUAUGGAAUAUCUAAUUAACGGUGAACUGUAUAAAUCUUUAAAGAAUAAUAAUGGCCCAUUUAAUGAUAUAUUAGCAUCGAAUUAUAUUUAUCAGAUAGCAGAUGCUUUAAAAUAUAUGCAUAGUAAACAUAUAAUACAUCGCGAUAUCAAACCAGAGAAUAUUGUAUUAGGUUUUAAUAAUAAAAUAAAAUUAGCAGAUUUUGGCUGGAGCAUAUGCACACCUCCAAAUUUAAGAAGAAAAACUAUAUGUGGUACAAUUGACUAUCUAGCUCCUGAACUUGUAACCUUUAAAGAAUAUGAUUAUAACGUAGAUAUAUGGGCACUGGGUAUACUGACUUAUGAAUUAAUAGUUGGAAACCCACCUUUCGAAGAGGAAACAAAAGAUUUAACAUAUAAGAGAAUUAUAAACGUGGACUUAAAUUUUCCUCAAACUGUCUCUAUGGACGCAAGAGAUUUGAUAACUAGACUGUUAAGAUUUGAUCCUUCCAAGAGAAUGCCAUUAGUAGAUGUUAUGAAGCACCCAUGGAUUACAAAAAACAAACCAUACUGGUGA